AUGCGGAGACUGAGACCAGGCAACCAAGGCGGUCGGUUCGGCUCGAUCAGCUCCUCCAAUGCAACACCACUGGGAACACGAGCCCCGUCACACGCGGCCACAAGGUAUCAGUUCAAUGAGGACUCGGUGAAGCUUGAGCUCGGUGCUGAGCGACCGCUCUGGGUGAUCUCCUGCUUCGGCGCAUCCAAGUAUGAGCCAAACGUUCUACAGGGAGACAUGUCUCCAGAGGAGCUCCGUUGGAAGGCUGUCCAAGCGCUUAAAACGGGGGGUGGUGCCGUGGACCAGUAUGUCGCUGAGGAAAACAAACUCGUUGGCGAGGCCAAGUCAAAGCUCGAUGAGGCCCUGUCAAACAUUCCCCAGGUGGUACAGACAGCUCAGCGCCUCCAUGACCUCCGCUUCAAGAACGGUGCCGUUCCUGGAUCGGACAGACCAGCCGACUUCAACGAGGAUGUAGCGCUGGCUGCGGCCAAGUCAGGCGGCCCCGCCCCAGUGGCGAGUGGAUCUGCCUUUGGUCAGUCCUCGUUUGGGAGCAGCAGCAAUACGGCAGGGAGUGCAUUCGGGAAGUCCUCCUUCGGAUCGACCACAGCAGGUAGCACAUUCGGCCAGUCGGCGUUCGGACAGAAGGGGGCGUCAAGUGGCGGCAGCGCAUUUGGACAAAGCAGCUUUGGCGCCAAACCCACAACGGGCGGAGCCGCGUUUGGACAGAGUGCAUUCGGCACAGGAUCCAGUAGCGGAGCGUUCGGUUCCUCCUCGACCGCAGGCAGUGCAUUCGGCUCCAACACGGCGAGCACGGGCACGACAGGUGGAAGCGCUUUCGGCCAAUCGUCCUUUGGGCAAAAGCCCGCUGGCUCUGCGUUCGGCCAGAGUGCGUUCGGCAGCACUGCGACUUCAACCCCAGCGACGGGAGCUCCAGCUACAGCAGGCUCUGCGUUUGGGCAAAGUGCGUUUGGCGCCAAGCCAGCUGGAAGCUCUGCGUUUGGCCAGUCCAGCUUCGGCCAGAGUUCCACCACCACGAGCACGACGGCGCCGCCCGCCGGCUCUGCGUUUGGCCAGUCCGCUUUCGGUGCCAAGCCCAGCGCCUUUGGCUCAACUUCCAGCACGACUACUCCAACUCAAGGGUCUGCGUUCGGUCAGUCCGCUUUCGGCCAGAAUUCCGCCCCAGCCACAACCUCCGCGUUCGGUACUGGUGCGAGCGCGACCCCUGCGACUACCGCCGCGACUGGCGGCAGCGCAUUUGGCAAAGCUGGUUUCGGCGCCUUCUCGUCUGGCGGCACUGGCGCGUUCGGGCAGCAGUCUGCUCCAGCCACAGGCUCCGCCUUUGGCCAGACUUCGACCCCCGCAGCCGGCAGUGCGUUCGGCAACACUUCGAUCACGAGCGCGCCGGCGGCCACGAGCGCGUUCGGCAAGACUACGGCGCCAGCCACGGGCAGCGCAUUUGGCCAGACAUCGACGCCGGCGACCGGCAGCGCCUUUGGGCAGACUUCUACGCCAGGAACUGGCAGUGCCUUUGGCCAGAGUGCUUUCGGCAACCCCGCAGCUCCGGCCACCGGCAGUGCGUUCGGGCAGACCUCGACGCCGGCGUCAGGCAGUGCGUUCGGGCAGUCGUCGACGCCUACCGCGGGCAGCGCCUUUGGGCAGACCUCGACGCCCGCCUCGGGUAGCGCGUUCGGCAGCACCAGCGCAUUCGGCAAGCCGGCGACGUCGGCAUUCAGCGCCUUUUCGGCUUCGAGCACCCCAGCCGCACCCGCAUCCUCCGCCUUUAGUAAGGGCGGCGGGUUUGGGCAGCCCUCAACGAACGCUUUCGGCAAGGCCACGUUCGGUGCCGACGUCGAGGUCCCCGACGGGUGGAGCUACGAGGACCCCUGGAGCUGUUUCCUCCCCAAGCCCGAGGAGCUUGAGGAGGAGGUGCGCAAGGCAUUCGAGGCGGUCCAGUUCCAGCCGGACAAGAUCCCCCUCCUUCCCCCGCCUGUUGCGCUGCGCUCCUAG